GCUGCUGAAGAUGCUGUUGGUGCUGGUGAAGAUGUUGUUGGUGCUGCUGAAGAUGUUGUUGAUGCUGUUGGUGCUGCUGAAGAUGUUGUUGGUGCUGCUGAAGAUGUUGUUGGUGCUGCUGAAGAUGUUGUUGGUGGUGCUGAAGUUGUUGUUGGUGCUGCUGAAGAUGUUGUUGGUGCUGCUGAAGUUGUUGUUGGUGCUUCGGAAGAUGUUGUUGGUGCUGCUGAAGAUGUUGUUGGUGCUGCUGAAGUUGUUGUUGGUGCUGCUGAAGAUGUUGUUGUUGAGGUGGACUUUCAACAUGCACGGAUACAACGGGCUCAAUAGCUUGAUAAACACGUUUUCAUCUGGUUAG